AUGGCGCUCCCCGUGUUUCUCAACGUCCUCGCCGAAGAACAAACCGUACUAGAGCGCCCUGUUGGAGCAGAACCCGCACCUCUCCCCGUCCCAAAUCCCACCAAGUCCUUCUGGAUUGAUUCUACAGCUGACGCGAAUCCUCUCGCGAAAGAAGGCAGUCAUGGUGCUCUCACUCAUGACGCGGAUAUCUGUAUCAUCGGCUCUGGAAUCACCGGCGUUUCUGCUGCGUAUCAUAUCUCUCGCCUUCUCGCUGCGCAACCUGCACCCGAGACGCCGCUCAAGGUAACAAUUCUGGAGGCGCGAGACUUCUGCUCAGGAGCGACCGGUAGGAACGGCGGACAUCUGACUCCUGUAGCCUUCCAGGAAUUUGUUGAGUAUGCUGCACUUUAUGGCGUCGAUGAUGCAGUCCGCGCCAUUGCCCUCGAGCAUCACACAACAGGCGACAUAGUGAAGCUCAUAAGAGAGUCCGGGAAGGAAGCAGAGACAGAUCUCAUUGCGGGGGGUCAUGUCUCGCUCCUUUUCACCGAGCCUGAAGUGGUCAAAGCUCGAGCUGACUACGCCGCCGCGAAGGCCGCCGGCGUGCAGGUCGACGAUGUCGAGUUCCUCACAAAGGAAGAAGUCCAGCAAACGUAUGGCGCAGCAUACCCCGGGUUCCGCACACCAGGGCAUAACAUCUGGCCGCUCAAGCUGGUGACUCACCUGUUCAAAAUUGCGAAAGACACGGGCGCGAACUCCUCAACGUCUUCACUUUUCCUCCAUACCAACACUCCUGUGACCUCCGUCACGCCAUCCGAUGCCACCUCUCGGCGGUGGAACCUCACCACUCCAAGAGGCUCGAUCGCAUGCUCCUAUGUUCUGCAUGCUACGAACGCCUAUGCCUCCCAUCUCCUACCGGCACUUCGCGGUCCCAGCGGUAUCAUUCCGACUCGUGGACAAGUAAUCGCCUUACGGGCAGCCGUUACGUCCGAGGAGAUUACACGGACUGGAUGGGGCGGAAACGAGGGGUUCGAGUAUUGGUUCCCGCGCCCGCUUUCGAACAUCUCAAACAGUACAUCUUCGAACCCAGGACAGCAGAGGAACCCCUUGGUUAUUCUGGGGGGAGGAAGGGAGUCGACGAGGCCAGAUUUUGAACUUAAUAUUGCUGAUGACUCCGUGGUCAGCCCUGUAGUUGGAAAUACUUUGAGAAGAUUCCUUCCGGCGGUAUUCCCGGGGAAGUAUGAGGAGGGACGUGAGCCUGAGAUGGAAUGGACCGGAAUCAUGGGCUACACGAAGACAGGUGAUCCAUUUGUGGGGCCUGUCCUCAAUCCCGCUACUGGUAGCUCCGACCUCUUCAAGGGCCAAUAUAUCUCGGCUGGCUACACAGGACAUGGCAUGCCACGUGCGUAUGGAUGCGCGGAAGCCGUGGCGGGAAUGAUCAUAGCGGACAUUCAGGGCAAGGACUGGUCCAUUCCAGACUGGCUCCCGAGGCAUCAUCUGACUCAAAAUCGCGUAAACGAGUAG